AAACGUCCACCUCGGACAGGUGGGUCCCUCCAACGCCCAGCAAAGCAUCGCUUUUUCUAUUUCCCCCCAUAAAUUGAAGCGUCGUGACUCCGGGAUUGCUCAGAUCUCAUUCUUCCGUUCAAACUCACGACACUGACAUAGAUAACGCCAGCCAGCAAUAUAAUCAUGCACAGAGGAUUGCCCUGGUUGCCGCCGCCGAUUACGUCCCAGGCCUCCGACGACGAACGCGACGACCUAGUAAUGAGCUUCGCAGACACGGUGUUCGGGUUUUUUGAGGACGAUCACUCCUCAUCCGACUCCGAUCACUCUCAGGAUGACGUCGACGAGGACGGCACCUUUUGCACCGCCAAAUUCGACAAGUCUUUCUGGGACGAACAACACCAACUUCUUCAGGCGACUUUGUGCAGGACGGGCUCAUUUGAGACCAAAAUUAGGCAGGCUACAAGGGCGGCUUUAAGAGGAUUAAGUACAUCGGGCAUGAAGUGCACUUGCCGGCGGCAAGAGGUGACGCAUAUGGGCUGCCGGAGUUGCUUGCAGAGAGAGAUUUGUUAUCGCCUUUUGGACCUUGGCUACAAUUGUGCCAUUUGCAAAUCAAAAUGGAGCAGUUCAUCAAAAAUCCCCUCGGGUGAACAUAAUUACCUGGAAGUGAUCGACAAUUCAAACAUUAAAAGAGAAGUGAGAGUGGUAAUCGAGUUGAACUUUCCCGGCGAGUUUGAGAUGGCCCGGGCUAACGAAGAGUAUAAGCGAUUAAUUAGCCGAUUACCGGAAGUUUAUGUGGGAAAAGUAGAGAGAUUACAAGUGUUAGUUAAGAUUUUGUGUUCAGCGGCAAAACAAUGCAUGAAAGAAAAGAAAAUGCACUUAGGACCAUGGAGGAAACGGAAAUACAUGCAAGCUAAGUGGCAGGGCACGUGUGAUAAGUCCAUGUCCAUGCCGCCGACCGGAUACUCAGGCCGCCCGCGAAGACCUAAAGCUUCCUUGCUCACCUGUGAUUUACUCGAAAACAUCCCUGACUUCCACCCAACUGUGGUUGGGGUCGUCUGAUCGGAUCUUCUACCCUCUCUUGUGUUUGUCUUUAUUAUAUAGCUAUGUAUAUGAUAUAAAUUGCCGUACGCAUGAUGAAUGAGAUUGAGUUUAACAGUAGUUGAGUUGUUGGGGAAGUUUAGUUAACUCAUGAAGUUUUGUUUUAUAUAUAUUAAGCUUGUUUUGAUGAGCUA